AUGUUUUUAGUGGGCCUUACUGGGGGAAUAGCAAGUGGAAAAAGCACAGUUACAAAGAUAUUCAGAGAGGAUCUUAAUUGUGCUUGUAUAGAUGCAGAUAUAAUUGCAAGAAAAGGUAGUUGGCAGGCUCUCUGUUCGUACUCUCACUAUAAAUUAUAAACACUACUGACUACUGUCGUCAGUCACUCACUACUCAGACUCAGUGAAGUCAGUGCAUGCAAUGUGAAUGUGCUGUCAACUGUUAAUCUAACUCUAUUACUCUCAUGACUCUUUCUAUUCCUGAAUCACUAUAACUCAGUGACUGACUAAGUCAGUCUCAGUGAGUUCUUAGUACUGAUAGUUUUAGUAGCUGUGACUGUGUGUCACAGUCACAGUGAGUGUAUCAUAGUGUAUGUUGAACUGUGUCCUAAAAACUAAGUAAAAGUUAUGUAAUAUAUAGUAAUAGUAAUAGUUUGUUAAUGUUAUAUGAAUAUGGCCAAGGAAGACAUGUUGAAUGUUGAGCAUUUUCAUAAUUUAGUCAUAACAUAAUUGAGUUGAUGAGUUAAGCUUUACAGUAGAUAUAUUUAGGCCUGCCUAUAAUUUAAAAUAUUUUAUUAUAUUAUAUUGAUAAGACCUACUUUCUAGUAACUUGGCCUAGUGCCUAGCACCUAAUACAAGACUACUAUGGUCAUGGUAAAAGUGCAGUUAAGGUGCGUAUAUUAUUAUUUCUGUUUGUAUUUUGUAUUCUCGCGUGUAAACUUAUGUUAAUUCUUUAUAAAAGUAUUUUAAAAGUAUCUUUUUAUUGGAAUACAACAUAAAUUUAACAAAUUUUACGAGAUAAAAAAAAUUACAUUUUCAUGAAUCUUUUGUCUUUUACGGAAACAUUGUGGUAAAUGAAGGAUAACUCUUCUGUCUUUAAAGAUAUGUUAUAAAAGUUGCCCAAUUGGAUGUAUGUUGGUUAAAAUGAAUGCUGUAUUUAUUUUAUAGCUUGCUUUACUAUCAAAUAUAACCGGAGUUGCCCGGAUUGCAUUCAGAAGAAAACAUCUGCUACAUCCUUUUAAUUCACAUUGCAUGAUUGCUACUAAGCGAAAUGUCAACAACAAAACAACACCUCUAUAGUAAAAAAAAAAAUCAAUUAAUUUGUCUCCUAUAAAACCACUUUAAAUAACUUAUGUAGACCUUUUGUUAUUCCCAUUUUCCAAUGGCGCCCCUUUGUCCGGAGGGAUAAUCAUGGGAUCCUCAUGGGAUCCCGGUCAUGGUGGGAUCACGAUACCGAUGAGAUCCCGUUUCCGGUAGGAUCCCAUUUCUGGUGGAAUCCCUAACCCGGUGGUGACCCAAUCCCUAUGAGAUCCUGAUCCGGUGGGAUCCCAUUUCCUGUGAGAUCCUGAUCCCGGUAGGAUCUCAAUCCCAGUGAGAUCUGGAUCCCGGUGGGAUCCCGAUGGGAAACGGAUCCUGGUGGGAUACGGAUCACAGUGGGAUUCCGUUCCCGGUGGGAUCAAAAUACCUUUUUGAAUUUUAUUUAAGAAUAUUAUUUUUGGGUGAGAACAUUUUUAAAAAUAAUUAUUCAAGUUAGAAUUUAGCUAAAGGGCUAAAUGUUCAUUUCUGAAUGCCAUCACGAGCGACACCUUGUAUAGUGGCUAGUUUUAGGCUUUAGGAUAAUUAAAAUUAUGAGUUCAUUACCCUUCAGUACCGGUAUUUGAAUAUCCCAAAAUGGAACAUCUAAGUUCACCCUCCACCCCCUAUUGUUUCCAGGAUUUCCUUUUUUUUUUUGUGAACAUGCCUACAGUUUGAAAAUUUCGUUUAGCAUACUAACUUAUAGGUGAUUAAAAAAGAGGGUGAAAAAAGAAAUAAAAAACAAAUGUGGCUAUGUAACUUUGGUUGGGGGAUGUUUAAAGAUGCUUCAGAAAUAAAAAAAAAAGAAAAAAAGGCGCUGUAUAAUUCAGUAUUAGUUAACUAUAAUUGCCUGUAUUUAAUUAAUAAAGAAUACACGCAAGUUAAAUUGAGAAAAUACGAAAUGCGUUUAAAAAUAAUAAACGGACCUGAACAGCACUUUUACCAGACUACUAAUAUUAUUUGUAGUAUAAGUAAAUUUUUACAUUUUUAGUUUUAACCCUUUCAUACUGCUGGUUUUGGGCAUAGAUUUUUGUUGACUCAACAAUAAAAAACUUGUGAUUUGGGGGGGGGGGGAGGGAGAUUAGACUUGCUGUAUUUUUCAUUUUAUAUCCAAUUUGAUAAUUAACUUCUCUAUAGAUUAACAAAUAAAGAAAGAUAUAGCAUUGAAAUAUGAUGUCGACGUGAUGUCCUUGGUAUUUCAGAAAAGUUCUUUGUCUAUUUGUUAUGACGACAAUGUCACACCCUUGGUAAUUGAAAGUGGGUAAUCGGGAUGUCGCGUCGAUGUCAUCAGUAACAAAAGAGCCAAUGAUUUUAUCAAUUCAAUUAUUAGGGUCUCUGCCUCCAAGUAUCUGUCAUGAAGUCAUUUUUAUGAGCUUAUAGUACAUCCAUAAAGGACAUCACCCUAUAUGGUGGAAUGUUUCAAAGUUUUUUUUUUUAUUACCAACCCCUCCAUGGUCACAAAUUCAUAACACAAAUUUGACUUUGUUUCUUUUAUUGACUAUUUAUUGAUAAUUUUGAGUGUAGGAACUGAAGGCUCUAUAAUCACUAUUAUUGUCAAGUUGUUAAUAUAAAUCAUGUUAUAGAUUUAUAGUAUAGACUAAUUAUUUGAUAAUUACUAAUACUGUUAGUCUGUAAUCUAUACUUAAUAUAUCUUAAUGAUUACACUAUAAGUAUUUAAUGACACUAAUAUUCAUGAAGUAUGCUAACAGUUUUAAAAUUACUUUUAAAUUAAACAAUCCCUAAAAACAAAGUUUUUCUUUAAAAUCCUUUAUAUGCAUUUUUUAUUAUUUCAUUUUUUUAUAUUAAUUUGCUAAUGUUCCACCAGCUUUUAGACCGCUUAUUUAUUACACCAACUAUUUCAGAGAAACAAAAGAAAAUAUUAUGCACCUAAUUCACUUGCCAUAUUUAUUUUAAAAAAUAAUCUCAUUUAGCGCAGUUAUUUGGAAAUGUAUUUUGUGAAAUCAGUGGCAUCAUAUUUACUUCAUCUUCUCCUUGAAAAACUGAUUUUUGUGGGGUGAGGCUGAAAAUUUGAAAGAAUGUGUUUUCAUCUGCAAUAAGUCUAUGUGCCAAGUUUCAGCUUGAUAGGUUGACAGGAAGUGGGUCAAAUGGCCAUCGGAAGAUUAUGCCCCACACUCAGACAGAAAGAAAGAAACACACUAACAAAAGCGAAGUUAUAUAAAGGUUUUAAAAAUAUAUAUAUAUGUUACCCUAACUUGUAAUGAUUGAAAUCAACAUGUGGCAUGGCCUAGUUUGUUGUUGUUAAAAAUAUGAUUAGUAUAAAGCAGUGGUUCUUAACCUUUUGGAGGUACCGAACCCCACCAGUUUCAUAUGCACAUUCAACAAACCCUUCUUAAUAGGAAAAAUAAAUAUGAUUUUUUCGAUCGAACCCAGGUUAAGAACCACUGAUAUAAAGUAUUUCCAUUGAAUCUGUAAUUCUGUCAUUUUAUUUUAUUUAGCUGAUCUCUCCCAUAUUCAUAGAUUAUUUCAUGUGUACCGGGUAUUUAGAAUAGAUGGAAAUACCACAAUGCAAUAUCAAAAGCCAUAUCUAUGACUACCAUCAUUGGAUGUUAUUUAUUCAAAGUUGUGCUAAUUAAUUCUGCUUUUUAAUCUUUUCUAGUUGUUGAACCUGGAAAGCCUGCAUACAAAAAGAUAAGAAGUGAAUUUGGAGAUGAGAUUUUGCUAAUGGAUGGAAAACUAAAUCGAGACAAACUUGGUUCCAUCAUAUUCCAUGAUGCUGAGAAGCGACAGAAGUUGAAUGCAAUUGUUCAUCCAGCAAUUAAAAAGCAAAUGUUAUGGGAAAUAUGCCUAUAUUUUUUAAAAGGUUUUAACUUAUUUUACAUGUAUUUCUUUUAAUAUUUAAACUUGAAAUAUGACUACCCAGACUAACUGACCAAGAUUAGUGCGCAGAAUCAGAAUGCUGUGUCAUUGAUGAACCUAAUAUGUAAAUAAUAAAAUAAAAGAAGCUUUAUCAUGAAUAAAUAAGACUUUAUUAGAAAAUAUUAAAGCCUCACGCAGAAUAAUACUAGUAAUACUUGCACUUGAAGAUAUUCAAUUUGAAAUAUCAACAAUCAUAAGGGUCUUGAUCAUAGGCAUAUUUUUAGUGGUGCAUAUAAUGAGUAAUUUAGAUGUUUCCAUUAGGGCUUAAUUUGGCUGAAAAUAACUUUUGACAUAUAUGGUUAUUUCAUAGCAGCUAAAUCACUGACCUAAUGUAGCUCCUAAGGUUUGAUUGAAUUUGAAAGCUUUUUUCAUACGAUUAGGCACAAUAAUAGUUACAUAUUUUUUUCUAACCAAAAAAAAAAAAGUGAAAACAGCUUUCUCCAAAAGUUUUUUUAAACAAAUAAAUUUUAGUUUUGAUUACCCAGAGUGCAGAUAACAUUUCAUAUGCCGUCAGAUUUUUAAAAUUUAAUUCCAGCUGUGCGCACAGUGUAUUUUUGCCCCAAGUUUGUAUAAUUAUUACAUACCCUAUUUUUGUUAAAACAAGGUCUAAAUAAAUUACUUUUAAUGUAUAUAAAUAUACCAAUUUCAAAUGACAGAGCACAAGACUUGGGACUUAUUUAUAGCUUUGAAACAUUUUUAGUCAAUGCCAUAGCAUGAUUUGAAAUGUUUAAAAAUUUGAUACCGGUAUCAAAGAUAUUGAUUCUAAUUAAGUUUUUCAGCUCUAAAUGUGAUAUUUGCAGAUGGUAUAAAAUCAUCCUUUAUAUUAGUCAGUAAUUUUUACACUUCAAUUUAGUACAAAAGGUUGCAAUAUUUUUUUUUUUGGAUGAGUAAUCAAUAACAUGAAAAUAUUGUUAUCUUUGAUCAGGUUACCAGUUUGUUAUUUUGGAUAUCCCGCUAUUGUUUGAGACAAAACAGAUGUUACCAUACAUAUCAUUUUCAAUUGUGGUGUUUUGGUAAGUCAAUAUCACAUUGAAAGAAACACUAGAUUCAUGCAUUGUAAGUUUUAAUAUUCUAACCCCCCCCCAAAAAAAAACCAAAAAAAAAAAAAACACCAUAUAAACUGACUUUGGUUCAAACCCUUGUUCAUAUUGCCACUGAAUAUCCAAUAUAUUAAAUUAAAUGGUUGAAGUCAGUUGAAAAUAAAAGAAGAUUAUAAAAUAUGUGUACAGAUCCUAAGUAUUCAACAAGUAAUGGCUGUCUUCCAUCCCAAUUUUCAAUCAAUAGUCCCCCCACCUAACACUACACCUGCCAAGUGUUUCCAAACAAUAACUUGAUAAAGAAAACCAAGAUCUCAGAUGAAUAAACUGUUCCAUGCUUAAAGAAAGCAUUUUAUGGAUGAGUGAUGCAGUGAAUGAGGGCUGACCCAGGCCUUCAACAGUAGUAAAUAUCAGUUUCAAAUAUAGUAGCUUGUUUUACAAGGCUCACCCUAGACAUACCUAUUUAGAAAUGUGUUUUUUUUUUUGUUUUGUUUUUGUUGUAAGUCGGUUAAUUUCAAGUUAAAUGUAAUUUCCUAAAUCCUUGUAUUUUUUAUAUCAGCCACGAAGAUCAACAACUGCAACGCCUGAUGGAAAGAAAUAAACUAUCAGAAGAAGAUGCUCGUGCCAGGAUGAGAGCACAGUUGUCACUUUCAGAGAAAUGUAGUUUGUGCACAUACACCAUAGAUAACACAGGCAGUAAAGAGUUAACUAGGCAGAAUGUUUUACAGGUUCAUUCUAAACUUUGUGCUUCCAAGAAACAUCUGUUUAUUCGCUUGGGUCUUUUGCUAUUGUGUUUUGUAGCCUUCGGAGCAUGUAAAGUAUUCUUAUGA